AUGGAAGUGAAUUUCCAAGAUUCAGAAGAAAUAGUUUUUGCGCUAUCAUUUUCGGAUUUCCCGGAGGACGUGCAGCUUUGCAUACUAUCGUUUCUGGUUCCAUCGGAGUUGGCCUCUUUUGCUUGCACCUCGAAGAAGUUCGUUUCUCUCUGCCGGGAUGACCAGCGUCUCUGGUUCUCUAUGUGUGACCGGAGAUGGGGAUCCUGCACUCUCUUGAAGAGAUGGGGUCACGGCAAAAUUUCGUAUAAAGAACUCUAUCGGAUUCUUAGCGAGUAUGAGAACCUUAUUGGCUUCUGGCGCCAAAGCGGCAUCACUAAUACUGUUUCUGUUAAUUCUCCGCCUGCCUCUCUCGUGUAUUUCGAGUGGGGUCCGUUUUAUAUUACUGGGUCAAUAAUCUCGCCUUCGAAAAAUGGGUCCUAUGAAGUAAUUAGAUCGCCAUUUUUGUGGGUGAGCAUUACGUCCAAGGGGGAGCUUGUGAAUUACUUGGAUCCGGACGGGAGACUCGAUUUUACAGAUGAUUUACUGAUGGACUCGGAGACGUUGGGUUUUUUGGAGAAUGAGUUGAUUCAGGUGAAUGUGAGUUUCAUGGGCAAAUGCCACAUGGUAGUGGAGGAAAAUUUGGGAUCUUUUGGGUUCGGGAAGGUGCCAAGUUCGGGGAUUGUGAGAGGAGAGGAUUAUCAGAAUGUGUGUGGCUCACCGCCUGACCGGUUGAUGUCGGAAAUUUAUCAGUAUCUGGCUAAUAGAACGAGCCCUAGUGGGAAUGGGGUGUCGAGGAGGCUGAGGAGGAGGGAGAAGAAGAAGCAGGAGAGGUUGAGGAAAUGGGAGCCCGAACAUCUUGUGAAAAUUGUAAAUUGCUCGCCCACACUUGCACGGCCAUUGCAGGGCCUCUGGAAGGGAAUUUGUGAGGACAUGAGCUUGGAUUUCUAUCUAGUUUCCUAUGAUGAUAUUGGGGGUAUUGCUUGCCGAAAAGUUGGAGAAUCAUCAAAACCUCUUUCCUUGCUUGCCCCAGUAUUUUGGUCAUCUAGUACGAAGUUUAUCGAGCCUCCUCUUUCUCCUGAAGAAGAUCAUAUAUACAGCAAUCGCAUGCAUCCCCGGCCUCCUGCAGAAUCAUAUCACAGUAGAGAUUAUCUGACAUGUUCAGAUAAUGGAGCUGUCUCCCACAUGCUUUUCAUCAAUUCAAGCUAUGAUUUGGUCAUUCCGAACUUAGCAGGGGCCACUACAAAUCCUCAACAGUGCGAGGGAAGAAUUUGGCAGUAUGAAAAUGGAACAUUUGGUUUCGGGUUUCUUCGAGACAAUUACAUUAUAGAUUUGAAGCAUAUUGCUAAAAAUGGUCUCCUUCUAGAUACAAUAGAACCUUGUAAUGAUUGA